CAUCGAUGGGACGUCUCGUCAGCUGCCGUCGUGUCGGGAUUGGAAUGUUACCGACUAACAAUCGGAACAACUGAGCACUCGGUAACUGGACACUAAGAUCAAGGAAUCCCGUCUUUUGAACAUUUUCCUAGCUAUUCACCUGGUCUGAGGUUAGCGUCUGUUUGCUUCGUGUCGACCGGAUAACUUGGCCGACAUCGCCGAUGAGGUUUUUAUUUUAUAUCAGCGCGUUUGAGGGUAUGUGGCGAGGUUAUAAUAAAUAACAAGAGAAAUGCAGGGAUUCGUCAGGUUACAGUUGUACCGCUGAGCUGCCCCUGCGCUACGACAAUCCCCCCGUUUUUUUUUUGCUUCUCUUCACACGGGACCAUGGAGUGAUAACAGAGGGGGAAUAGGACGAAAUCACCCGGAGGCAUUUGGUUUCGAGCGCGGCGGCCACACCGAUGGGUUUUUGCACUCCCUGGUCAAUGUGUUACCGAGUUUAACAUCCAAACCUCAAACCGGGGCAUACCUUUCCGCCUGGGAGAGCCUCGGGGACCCCUGCCGCUGUUUACCCUCUGAAGAGAGUUCCCAGACGGCCGUCGGACAGUUUCCCAUUUGAAUUGCCCUGUACAGCCAGCCUGAAUGAGGCUGAGAAGAAGCGCCGGGGAAGAGAGUCGCUGCACGUGAUUGUGUCCGAGAGGGUCCGCUGGCCAGCACUGAGCGUUUUAGUCACCUCAGCCCCGCUGUAGGCGCUGUGCGAUAUGGUGAAACUCUACAGAAGAGGGAGAACGGGACAAUACUUUUAAAAUCGCCCACAUGCACUGGAUCAAUUGCUGGAUUUGGGAACCGAUUAAGCAGAAGGAGGGUUGGGGAUCCUUUGAGGCUGCCGGAGGAUGGAGCGGUGUAGCCGGGGUUGGUGAGAGCCUAACUUCGGGCCACUUUACAUUUCUUAUUCCUAAACAAUUCGCCCCUGUUCCCAGGACACAUGCAGGCCAAAAAACGCUACCUGAUCCUGCUCUCCGCCGGUGCAUGUCUAGUGCUUCUCUUUUACCUCGGAGGGGUUCAACUUCCAGCGGCGAGCAGGAGCCGGCAUGACCGCAGCCGAAAUGGGUACCGGCCCGACCAGCCCUGGCCUCAUUUCUCGGACCCUUUACAUCUUUUCCUGCCCUGGGAUCAGACGGACACCGAGGAGUACAACCUGCACAUAUCUCCGAGGCAUAAGAGGGACGUCAACACGAGUGUUUACAAAGGCAAACGGUGCCGCAUGGAUUCAUGCUUUGAUUUCUCUCUGUGUCAAAAGAACGGAUUCAAAGUGUAUGUUUACCCGCAGCAGAAGGGGGAGAAGAUCUCCGAGAGUUAUCAGAAUAUUUUAUCGACCAUUGAGGGGUCAAGGUUUUACACCUCAGACCCCGGACAGGCGUGUCUGUUCGUCCUGAGUUUGGACACUCUGGACCGAGACCAGCUGUCCCCGCAAUACGUCCACAACCUGAAGACCAAGGUCCAGAACCUGCCUCUGUGGAACGACGGCAGGAACCACCUCAUAUUUAACUUGUACUCGGGGACGUGGCCGGACUAUACGGAAGACUUGGGCUUUGACAUCGGCCAGGCCAUGUUGGCCAAAGCCAGUAUCAGCACCGAGAACGUCAGGCCCAACUUCGACGUGUCCAUCCCCCUCUUCUCCAAGGAGCACCCGAGGACCGGCGGAGAGAGGGGGUACCUCAAGUACAACUCCAUCCCGCCUUUUAGAAAAUACAUGCUGGUGUUCAAGGGGAAGCGCUACCUGACAGGUAUCGGCUCGGACACCAGGAAUGCCUUACAUCACGUCCACAACGCAGAGGAUGUGGUGCUGCUCACCACCUGCAAGCAUGGCAAGGACUGGCAGAAGCACAAGGACGCACGCUGUGACAAGGACAACGCAGAGUAUGACAAGUACGACUACAAGGAGAUGCUUCACAACUCCACCUUCUGUUUGGUGCCCCGCGGCAGACGACUGGGCUCUUUCCGCUUCCUCGAGGCGCUACAGGCUGCGUGUGUGCCGGUGAUGCUGAGUAACGGUUGGGAGCUGCCUUUCUCCGAGAUCAUUGACUGGAACACAGCCGCAGUGAUCGGCGACGAGAGACUCCUACUGCAGAUCCCGACCACAGUGCGCUCUAUCCACCAGGAUAAGAUCCUGUCCCUCAGACAGCAGACUCAGUUCCUCUGGGAGGCCUACUUCUCCUCUGUGGAAAAGAUAGUGCUGACCACACUGGAGAUCAUCCAGGACCGCGUGUUUGAGCACGGCUCCCGGAGCAGCCUGAUGUGGAACAGUCACCCUGGGGGACUUUUCGCCCUGCCGCAGUACUCAGGAUACCUGGGAGACUUCCCCUUCUACUACGCCACACUGGGUAUAAAACCGUACCCCAAGUUCACAGCGGUCAUCCAUGCUGUCUCUCCUCUGGUGUCUCAGUCCCAGCCCAUACUCAAACUCCUGGUAGCUGUGGCCAAGUCCCAGUACUGUGCACAGAUCAUUGUCCUGUGGAACUGUGACAAGCCUCUCCCGGCCAAGCACCGCUGGCCUGCCACCUCAGUGCCCGUCAUCGUCAUCGAGGGAGAGAAUAAGGUGAUGAGCAGUCGUUUCUUGCCCUACGAGACCAUAGUGACCGAUGCUGUCCUCAGCCUGGAUGAAGACACAGUGUUGUCCACCACAGAGGUGGACUUUGCCUUCACGGUCUGGCAGAGUUUUCCAGAGCGAAUCGUAGGUUACCCCGCUCGCAGCCACUUCUGGGACAGCAACAAGGAGCGUUGGGGCUACACAUCCAAAUGGACCAACGAUUAUUCAAUGGUGCUGACUGGGGCCGCCAUCUAUCACAGAUAUUACCAUUACCUGUACACCAACUACUUGCCCACUAGUCUGAAGAGCAUGGUUGACCAGCUGGCCAACUGUGAGGACAUCCUGAUGAACUUCCUGGUCUCUGCUGUCACCAAGCUGCCGCCCAUCAAGGUUACACAGAAGAAACAGUACAAGGAGACAAUGAUGGGACAGUCUUCAAGGGCUUCUCGCUGGGCUGAUCCGGACCACUUUGCCCAACGGCAAACCUGCAUGAACAAGUUCGCCAGCUGGUUUGGCGCCAUGCCUCUGGUCCACUCCCAGAUGAGACUGGACCCCGUCCUGUUCAAGGACCAGGUCUCCAUUCUCCGCAAGAAAUACAGGGACAUUGAGAGGCUCUGACAGGACCGGCGCCCCCUAGGGGGAGACCCUACGCAGGGGGAGGCGUGCGAGAGAGACCCUGUGGAGAGUAGUAGUAGGACUACAGCAGGAUGGACAGGGAGUGACACAGCUCUGUCUUCCACUCAGCACAUUGCCAAUGACCACAGCGCCGCUGCUGCCAGGACUUGACGUGGAAAGGGAUGAAUGGGAAACAAGCAGAUGGCGUUUGGAUAUGAAAAAUACAAACAAAAAUCUCAAACACAGACAGACAAACAGGAGUACACAAACUGAUGGACAUGCCAAACAGUACUGUAUGUUUUGCAAAUGUGCAAACACACAGCACCCACUACUGACGACAAGAACUCUUGGAUAGAAUAUUUUUUUGUACAACAUGAACAUGGACGACAUUGACUUUCCUGCUCUCUUGGCACGUGUGCAGGACGGUAGAAGAGGGAAGGUGUCCAUGAUCGCAAAUCUGGCAACCCCACCACCAUAAAUCCUACUGGUCGCCCCUAGCUACCCUCCCCAGUAUGCAUCAGGACUUAAUAUUGGACUACCAAAACCCAUGCUUUAUAGCCCAGGAUACCCUGUUCUCAAGUUGAUUUGAUUUCUGUACAAAUCAGCUCUCUGGUGUCACUGUUGACCCUUUCUCCUCUCUGAGAGGUAAUAUUUUUAUUCUCAAGGCUGAAAAGGUAAACAGAAGUGUCCUGACAAGGUUUUUAUAGCAGAGCAGCCAUUAUUUCUUGACAUUCUUGCCCAUCAACACACAUCCUUGAGCCGGAAAACAUCCUGUCUGUCCUAUCUUCGGCUCAUUUCUUGAUGUGCUGAUAUGGCAUUUAUAAUGGUCUAUCUGCGUCCCUGUUAUCACAAAGAUAAGUUAGAAAAACAUCUUGUUUCAUAUUCCAUUUUACUCUCAUACUCACCACAGCAGUUGUACUUUUCUCAUCUUUUUUUCUUACUUACUUUCAUCAUCUUUUAUUUUACCCAUUCAAACUCUCUGUACUUUCCGUCUUCUGUGUGUGUGUGUGUGUGUGUGUGUGUGUGUGUGUGUGUGUGUGUGUGUGUGUGUGUGUGUGUGUGUGUGUGGCCUAAAAGAAGUUGGCUCAUCCAACCAUAAGCUUAAGCGGAGUACAUUUUCACUCCGUUGGAAUGAGUGAAAUGAACAUUUCUGGAUGAAAUGGAGCAAAACGUUGCAUUCAAACCCAAACUUGUUUUUGCCCAUUUAUUUCUUCCUCCAUGGCCUCCAAGCACUAACUUACAGGGAGAGAUGGAAUAAAAUUUCAGCCCAUAGCAGGUCUUUAGUGACCAGCUUCAUUUCACAAAUGUGCUUGUGGAGAGAUUUUUAACGCUGAGCGCAUCAGUGCCAUUCUGACAUCAAGGUCUGCCUUUAAAAUUGUUUAUUGCACAUCACGUUGCCUACAUCAGUUUGAGAUGCCUAGAUGCUCUCAAGUUGAAAUAUUGUAGUCAUCGGUCCAAUGUGGCUCUCCUGCCACCAUGAUUAUUAUUUUUUUCCGUGACAUAUCAGAGGACCUCAGACCCAUUAAAUUGGCGAAAGGUUUUCUCCUCCAUUUGUCAGGCAGAGAUACGCUUUGGCUUCAAUUAGGUAAAGCUAUUUCAUUUUGAGUGCUGUUUUAUUCCCAGGGGACAAGCUGUUGAUGAAACACUCUCACAUUAUGGACCAUUGUGUUGUGGAAGCAGUGACCCACAAACAUGACCUGCUGGCUAAUGCUAGCCUUGGGAGGACAGUUUUUUUUUUCUCGCACACACCCUCCACUGCUCACAUCACCAUCAUAUCCACAUCAAACUGCCUGACAUUUUGCACCUUAAAUUACCUUAUUGGUAUUGCAUAACCAGAUUAAAAUUCUAAAAUAACUAGCUAUCUCAACCUUUAAUUGAUCAUUUCGAAGAGAUAUGUUGUCUGUGAAAAUGGCUGGCUCGUAGCAGAGCUGAUACACGCUGUCAUUAGGUCUGCAUGCAGCAUGCAGCCGAGAGCACGGCAGUCCAGUCGCACAUUUAGUUUGCAGACACUUAAAUGAAAGCAGCAUGCUUUUAGUGGCCUUUCUGUUGGGCAGGCAUUGUCUCUGCCAAAGUGUGUGUGUGUGUGUGUGUGUGUGUGUGUGUGUCAACAUCGUCAGUAUCAGUCUCACACAUUCAAUUACUUUGAGUUUUUUUCAUUGAUUUGUUUUAAUUUUGUUUUACGGAUAGUUUUAUAUAAAAUGUAUUUUAAAGCCUUUACAGUGUCAACAAAGGUGUUGUUCAUGCUAUCAACUAAGUGUCAUAUCCAAAUGCUACUAAUGCAAAGCUACUCUUUUUCAGCAUGUAUCAAAGCCAGCAGGACUAUUAUGUUUUUAUUUUAUUUUUUCUCACAUCAUUGCUUUAAAUAUCAUGUUUGUAUUUGCAUUCUGGGACUUCAAGUUUGGAGUGUUAUUUGUCUACCAGGAGAGAUUUAUGAUCUGUUUAAUGUGGAGUCAAACAGCAAAUGUUCUCUCAUCUACAGUACGUGAUUCCUGGAAAAGCAUGCUCCUCAUUUGGUCUGCAUCUGGUCCCUAUUUCAUCUUCAGAGAACCAUACUGUAUUGCUUUUUAUUCCAUAUCAAGCCUUUUAUGUCUGAUCGUUUGAAUCACUGUAUGUGCAUCAUCUCAAGAGAACCACGUCCCCCAGCUUUGAAGAUAUCUCGCGAAAAAAAAACACCCAUUUCAAAUCCCUGUACAUAGUCAUAUAUUUAUUUUUGGAAAAGAAAAAAAAGACAGUGUAUGAUUUGAGAUGACAUGGCGAGAACAUAAGACUGAUCCUGCAUUGCCGAGGGGAGUUAAUGGUAUUUAUUCGGUUUAUUUUCUACACGCUGUGCACAUUAAUCCACAAAGAUGCCGAUAUACAGCUCAUAUUAUGUUUCACUCUGCAUUGGUUUUCCAGGGAAACAUACAUCACACUCUUUCUCAUACAGAACUCUCAAGAGAUAGAAAACAUUUUCAGAGUUUUAACUCUAAAAGAUUGCAUACACCAGUGAUCUAGAAUUGGAUUGGGCCGCACAAUCUUAGCUCUCCGCGGGAGUCAAAUUGCAAAGUCCCAAUAAAGACUACGCCAACUGACACAUGGAAAAUAAUAAGCAGCUGGGUCCUCUGAACCAGAUGGAAACAUUUUCAGAUUCUGCAGUAACAUCCACCCCCCCAUGCAUUACAAUAAUGGGUCUGAGGCUGUGACACAGUUGUUUAAACUGCCUUGUUCAAAGCUUGGUUUCAGGUCAGAUAACUUGGCAAAGGAACUUGCUCCAUCUUUCAGUUGGCGUGCUGUACAUCAUCGAGUCCAGAGCUCCGUCAGAGUGUGAUGGAUAUGAUUUAGGCCACCAGGAAAACCUCUGCAUCUGCUUAAAAUGCCUCUGUCAUGUCUGUCAUUUGAUCAGGAGGAACAUUAUGCAAGUUAUCAUUCUGUGCUUUAAAACAGAUGAUAGAAUUUUACCCAAAAUGUGCCAGGCAUUUGGUGUUUAUAGUGGCAAUGGCAUGUGUGCUAAAAACUAGUCUGUUCUUGAUUUGUGCCUUUUUAUCAACAUGUAAGUUCUUGACAUGCCAAGCACUGUCUGUCCUAGACUUGUUAUUUCCAGUAGACAGGCAGCAAUAGCACCAUAUGCAGGACCAGAACAGCCCUGCCUUCAUACACUGGAUGAGUCACAGCUUCCAUUCUCUUGUUGUAACACCCCGUUUUCAUCUUUGUGUUUGGACACUGUUGCUAAGGUGACAACAUAUGACCACUUCCUGUUUGGAAUUAUUUAUCAGUGAUUUGGCUGUAUCAUUUUACCAAUCAGCAGUAAUAUCUGUUGAUCUGUAAGGACUCUAUCUAGCCUAGCUGUCCUGAUGCCUUCUCCUCCCUCCUACCUUGUAAUUAACAGAAGACUUUUAUAGAGGUCACAAAUGAAAUAGAUACAUGCCAAUUUUGUAAGAAUGAUUUAUAAAAAAAAUAAACUCAUAUUUGAUGAUAACUGUA